AUGGAAUUAUCGCCAACAGAACUAGACGAUACACUUGAUGAAGUAUGUAAAGCAACAGUAGCAAACAAAUUUGGUGGUUCAGUACCUUUUGUUGCGAAUCCGGCCAUAUCAUACGAACCUGUCCAUCUUCGACCAGUAAGACAACAAUGUUCACGUGUAUAUACAGCAUUUGAUAGUAAUCAAAGAAGACCUCAAGUUCCUUUUGAACCAUCUUUAUAUUUCUAUCCAUCUACAGAACGAAUUCUGUACUCUCAUUCUGUUCAAAGAGCUCCUGUCCACCUUGGUAGUAAUCACGGAGAAAGUGUUUUGUUUUCACCACGAAUUCCUUGUAUUUCAAAGGAUACCUCUGGUUCUUGUCUGAAGACAACAACAUGUGGUGCUUGUGGUGGAAGUGGUCAAGUAGUAGAUAAUUGUAAUGAAACAAAUGCUGCAAGUGGUCGUUUAACUGAGCCUCCACUUAUCCGUCCAAAUAUUGGAUUGAAUCCUUUAUAUCGAAAGGCGUUAUCAUCAGCCAGAAGUAAAGAAUCUCGUUCACGUCCUUUAAGAGCUACACACCCUUGUGAUGAUAACACUUUCUCACAAUCAUCACCAUUAAACUUAUUUGAAAAUGAUGAAAAUGUUUGUAGAAAUGUCAUUUUGAACUCUGUGAAUGCUUCUACUUAUUAUCGUGAUUUGGGACGAAUUGAUCAAUCUGCGAGAUUUGGAUCACCUUCUCGAGUUAAUCAUCAAACUGGUCGUUCAAAACCGAUAAAUUUUUCAAGUUAUGCUCACAAUUCCUCAAUUUAUCCAAAGCAUUCACAUCAUUCAAAUAAGAGUAAUAAUAGUAAUUAUUUUAAGAAAAUAAAUAAGACCAGAAAUACCGAUGUAACGUAUUCAUCUGAAGACAGUAAUUCUUCCAGUACACAAAUCGGUGAUAAACAUCAUUCGAGUACUGAAGGAAGACGUUAUGAUUAUUCGAGGCAGCAGUCGAAGGGCUUUCGAAAAUCAUCAUCAUCCACAUUGUUCCCAGCUUCAUCAGCGUUACAAGAAAUCUUAGAAGCAGCUUCAUCAACCAGUCGAUUAGCACAGAAACUUCGUUGUAGCUUAGAAGAUUUAUGUAAAACUGAAUUGAAAUAA